UAUUUUUAUUCUGUUCAUUUGACCGUCCCUGAAGUAAUUAGUACUCCUCAGAUUGUUCGAUCGCCCUCUAAUGGUCUAAAGCUCAAGUGGUCGUUCACUCGUACCGCGGUCUGUAACGCCCAGGGAAGUUCCCAGAAGAGAGAAGCCCUUAACAACCGCAGGAUGCAAGCGGAUCGGGUCCGUACCGGGUUUUAUGUAACCGGAACUCACCCGAAACAACUAUGGCAAAUCCAUCUCCACUGACACCACCGAACAUUUAAGUCAGGUUUGAAACCGUUUUGUUGGGUACUUCGUAUGCAUGCAUAUUUAGAUUUUAGACUUUAAAUCCUUAUAUAGUCAAUGGGUAAAUAGUUGGUUCAAAUCAGGGCAAAAUCAGGUGGGGCCACCUGUAGGAUUCCUGUAGUCAGUUUUUAUAUCCUCUCCAAUAUCACACCUCUCACGACGCUACAAUACUCUUACAUUCAUACUUAAAAACACCAAGAAGCUGAACUUUUGCUUACCUCCUGAUUCCUGAUGAAGCUCCCAAGCAUCCAUCUCCUCCUCAUCCAACUCGUCCUCCUCCAAUGCUUUGCCGCCGCAUCUCAGCCCUCCAACGCCACCGACAAAUUCACACUCCUUGCUCUCAAAUCAUCGAUAUCCGGCCGUCUAUUAGCCUCGUGGAAUGACAGUAUUUUGUACUGCCAAUGGAUCGGAGUUAGAUGCAGCGAGAAGCACCCCGGAAGAGUCACUGCGAUAGAUCUCGUGUCAUUAAACUUAGCCGGUUCAAUCACCCCCUCCAUAGCCAACCUCACUUUCCUCCAAAGCCUAAACCUCGCCAAUAAUAAUCUUAUUGGUCGCAUUCCGGUGGAAAUCAGCAGUCUUCAUCGCCUUAAAUAUCUCAAUUUGAGCAUGAACUCUCUCGAGGGGGAGAUUCCACAUUCUAUUUCCAACUUGUCGAGCAUUCGAACUAUAAGCUUGAAGGGAAACAGGCUGCAGGGAGAAAUACCCUCAAAUCUCAAGAGCUGUCUAAACCUGCAGAUACUUGUUCUGAGCAACAAUCAGCUCAAUGGAGAGAUCCCUGGUGAGCUUGCUUCGAUCGCAAAUCUCAGUUACCUUGAUCUCGGUACUAAUAAUCUUGUAGGUAGCAUCCCUCCAUCCCUAGGCAAUCUCUCCUCUCUUCUAGCUAUCGAUCUCUCAAACAACACUCUAACGGGACGAAUCCCAUCUUCCUUUGGCCAGCUUAGUUCUCUAGUUUUCCUGUAUUUAAACAAUAACAAACUAGUGGGCAAAAUCCUUCCUCUCGACAACCUUACUUCCACAGCUUACAUCAAUCUUUCGUAUAAUAAUCUCACGGGAGGCAUCCCUCCUUCAUUUGGAAAUCUCUCUUCCCUAAUCAGCAUUGAUCUCACCGUGAACCUUCUCUCAGCAUCAAUUCCUGCAUCGCUUGGAAAUCUCCCUUCUCUCACUUCUCUAUCAUUAACCGGAAAUGCUUUUUCUGGACCUAUACCAUCUUCUAUAGGAUGCUUGCCCUCACUAAGCUUUCUUGCACUUUCACAUAACCAACUCUCUGGCAAGGUCCCGUCCAGCAUCUACAACUCAUCAAUACUGCAGCAUUUAGGCUUAGCCGACAAUCAACUUGCUGAUACGCUUCCAUCAGACUUGGGUCAGAAACUUCCUGCUCUCCAAUCUCUAAUAUUGUACUAUAAUGGAUUCCACGGGCUACUUCCUAUGUCACUAGCAAAUGCAUCAGGACUAUCAGAUAUUGAGCUAACUGGAAACACGUUCAGUGGAACAAUCCCUUCAAACCUUGGAAACCUGCAAAAUUUAUACUGGCUGAAUUUAGACCGUAAUGAGUUUGAUGCUAGAGAUAUUGGAGGUUGGAGCUUCCUUGAUUCUUUAGUGAACUGCAGUGAACUUCAAGCACUGAGUUUGGACUACAAUGGUCCAAAGGGACUUGGAGGCGUUAUGCCCAAAUCUGUAGCUAAUCUCUCUACAAAUCUACAAUGGUUGGCGUUGGGGGGUAACAAGAUUUCUGGAAGAAUACCUGAAGAAAUUGGGAAUCUUGCAAGCUUAACUGUUUUGGGUAUGGACGAAAAUUUUUUAAGUGGUGGUAUUCCUGCAAGUAUUGGCCAAAUUCAGAGUCUACAAGAACUGUAUUUAUCUGGAAACAAGUUGUCAGGAGAGAAUGCCUUGGAAGGAAGUAUUCCUCCCAUACUUGGAAAUUGUCAGGCUCUGCGACUGCUUAACCUUUCAUACAAUCAGAUUACAGGUACCAUUCCUAAAGAAAUCAUUAGCAUUUCGUCGCUCACUGAAUUUGUCGACUUGACUCACAAUUUCCUCACGGGACCCUUGCCUCCGGAAGUUGGUCAAUUGAGAAAUCUAGUACAGUUUUACGCGUCUGAGAACAAUUUAUCUGGUGAGAUUCCAGGUAGCAUUGGGGAAUGUGAGCUACUGGGUACACUUUAUAUGGAUCAUAACCACUUUCAAGGGCCCAUUCCUUCAUCCGUGAGCAAUUUGAAGGGCAUUCAGAAGUUGGAUGUUUCACACAAUAACAUGUCAGGUCAUAUCCCGAAGUUCCUACAGGACUUCAGGUUUUUGGAAUAUUUGAAUCUUUCUUUCAACAAUUUUGAGGGUGAGUUGCCAACAAAGGGGAUCUUUCGAAAUCUGAGUGCAGUUUCAGUUCUUGGAAAUAAUGGCCUCUGUGGAGGUGAAUCAGAACUUCACUUGCCAGUGUGUUCUUCUAGAACUGUCGGGAGAAAAGGUGACUCUCAGAGACGGAACACUAUCAUCUUAGUUUCUGUUGCUUCUCUAUGUUCUAUGCUCCUUGUAUGUUUGCUCGUAGCUUGGUACUUCUCAAAUCAUAUAAGAAAGGAUGCAGGACAAUCAUCAGAAUCAAUGGAAGAAGGAAAUCUUAUGAAAAUCACUUACUCGGAGAUCCUUAAAGCAACAGAUGGGUUAUGUCCAGAAAAUUUAAUUGGUGUUGGUAGUUUUGGCUCUGUGUACAAGGGGAUCAUGAAUUUUGGUGAAGAUGAGUUUGUCGCCAUAAAGGUACUGAAUCUUCAGCAUAAAGGAGCUACCAAGAGUUUCAUGGCAGAAUGUAAUGCCUUGAGAAGCGUACGGCAUAGAAAUCUUGUCAAGAUAUUGACUUUAUGCUCAAGUGUGGAUUCUAAAGGCAAUGACUUUAAAGCUCUAGUUUUCGAAUACAUGCCUAAAGGGAAUUUAGACAAAUGGUUACAUCCAGAAGGAGAGGAAGACGACCUAAGGAUUUUAAGCCUUGAGCAAAGGCUAAACAUAGCAAUUGAUGUUGCUUUUGCAUUGGAUUAUCUUCAUCACCAUGGACCAGUACCAAUUGUUCACUGUGAUCUCAAGCCUAGCAAUAUUCUCUUAGACGAUGACAUGACUGCUCAUGUAGCUGAUUUUGGAUUAGCAAAAAUUCUAGAGAAAACUGUUGCAAAUAAAGUUCAGACGUCUACUGGAUCCAUAGGAAUGAAAGGAACAAUUGGAUACGUUGCUCCAGAGUAUGGGGUGGCCAACCAAGUUUCAACUGAAGGUGAUGUCUACAGCUAUGGAGUACUGCUGCUAGAGAUGUUUACUGGGAAAAGGCCUACUGGUGAGACUUUUGAAGAAGAUCACGAUCUUCAUAAAUUUGUUGAAAUGGCCUUUCCUGAAGGUAUUAUGAAAAUCGUAGACCCAUAUCUAUUCCAAGGGGAGAAUCAAAAUAUAAGAGUGGAAGCUGAAGAAUGUUUGGUGUCAGUUCUUAGAAUUGGCCUCUUGUGCUCUAGACAGUCGUCAGGAGAGAGGAUGCAAAUGGGAGAUGUGGUCAACGAGAUGCAAGCAGCAAGAGAGACAUUUGUUGGGAUUGGAAAUCAUCGUAAAACCGGAAACAAAUACAAUGUAAAAGACCAACGAUAUUGGACAGUACAUUUCAGAAGAAAUCUUACUAGAAGUUUGGUUCAAGAGUUCAAAGUUGUAGAGCUUUAUUUAGGCCAUACAUCAAUAGAUCCACAUAUAGAGAUGUUGAAAGAAGAAAUUGGAGAAGGUUUUUCUGGUAAUUGUAACCGUUCCUACAUCAGUUUUGGAGGAGUUAAGUCCACACUGAUAUUGGAACAUUUCUAUCCCUUUUGAAGUUGAUAUUUUCUUCAUGUGGCUGGCUUCAAAAAGGAGACUUAACAUUUCAGAUGCUCUUUCUUUAAAAGGAAAAGUACAUGAUUCUGUUUGUAAAAUGGAAUAUCUUGAAGUUUGGGCAUGUUAAAGAUGCUUGGAGUUCUCUCAAGCAUAG